CGACGUCAUUUUGUACCUCACCGCGAAUUGACUCUGUAGAUUCCAAGUGAUCUAACAAACCCCAGGGAUUGAAAAGCUUUAACUGUGUACUACCUCGUGUUUCUCCCACCUCCAAAUCUUGAUUACUUACCCCAAAAUGGCGACUCUAAACUAUCUGCCUUCAGUUAAACCCUCCUCAAUCGCGGUGGGGGCUAUCUUUACCCACACCGCAUCGUUGGGUAUACUCGCACCAGUAUUUGGUGAUACAUACCACCGCGCUCAAGCUGCCAACUCAAAGGAGGAGUUCCUGAAAUCCAAAGAGGCUGCUGGUGCAGUAGCAGCCUGGGGUAGCUCCUUAAUUGGAAGUUCCGUGCAAACUUACGGAGUGGCAGCUUUGAUUAACGCUACGGGCACUUUGAGCUACAAAGGGGCAGCUUAUCUUGGGAGCUUAAUCUUUAUGGCCAGCACAGCCCCAGGUGUCGUGAGCCAAGUUUUCGCAGAAAAGAGACCCCUCGACACCGUUGCUGUAGGUGCAGUCAGCAGGUUGUUCGAAACAGUGGGACUCAGUCUCUUCCUAACAUGGUGGGGUACCCGCACGAAUCCGUUCGCCUAGAGAUUAAUGGCUGCUAUUCUUUCUAUGUUGACUGCGGGGAGUUGAAUUGAAACCAUUUUCAGCCGAUAGUUACAUUCAUUUAAUCGGUAGCUGGACCCGAGUUCAUAUAAACGCGGCAUACAUGGUAGUAGACCUACUAAUACAGGUAAACAUGGAGUCGCCGAAC